CGCAAUCCCAAUGACACCACGUCAUCAAACAUUGACGGAAGAAGCUCGGUCACGUGCUGUAGAAAGCUCCAGAUCAACAUGGCCGCCUGCAUGAAGAUGCUCGCUGCUGCGGGGCAGCUGAGCAGAAAGUCGGUCCUCGUUGGACGAUCAAACUGGACCACGGCGUUCAGCGCCGGUGGCAGCCGGUCCCACCUCACCGGCACGUCAGCCCCGAGCCGGCUCCAGCCCGCGCGGUACUACAGCAGCACCGGGAGCUCACAGAGAGCAUGCACCCACCGCUCCUCCAUCAGCCCGACAAUGACAGCUGGCUGCAGGCUGACCGCUAGGACUCACCGGUGGAUGCGGGUCGGGGCUGUUAUCCCCGGGCAAACGGAGCUCCUCACACCGACCUCUCGACCGCACAUGAUUGUGGACAGGAUGUACGGGAACCGGGCCAGCGGUGCGGGAUUUUCUGGGGAGGACGGCGGGGAGCGUUCAGGGUCUGGGGGAGAGGAGUCAGGGGGAGAUGGGGGAGAACCGUACAACGGACCUCAGAUGACGGCUCUCACCCCCAUGAUGGUCCCGGAGGUGUUCCCCAAUGUGCCGCUGAUCGCUGUGAGCAGGAACCCGGUGUUCCCCCGCUUCAUCAAGAUCAUAGAGGUCAAGAACAAAGCGUUGAUGGAGCUGUUGAGGAGGAAGGUUCGUCUGGCUCAGCCGUAUGCUGGAGUCUUCCUGAAGAGAGAUGAUAGUAAUGAGUCGGAUGUGGUGGAAUCUCUAGAUGCCAUCUACUCUACAGGAACCUUUGUUCAGAUUCAUGAGAUGCAGGACCUGGGAGACAAGCUGAGGAUGAUCGUCAUGGGACACCGCAGGAUCCGGAUCACGAGACAGCUGGAAGUAGAGCCUGAGGAGGCAGCAACGUCCCCUGUGUGGUCAGAGUCUGAGGGAGAGUCCCAACCCAAACCACCACCAAGACGCAAAUCCAAACGUAGCCGCAAGGACCAGCCGGGGUCUCUGACAGAGCAGCUGGAGGACAAGAUUUCAGAAGCAGACCUGAGCCCAGAACUUCAGCCUCUGCCCUCCUCCAACAUUCUGAUGGUUGAAACGGACAACAUUCAACACGAACAGUUCACGGUCACUGAGGAGGUCAAGGCAUUGACAGCAGAGAUAGUCAAGACCAUCAGGGACAUCAUCGCACUCAACCCCCUCUACAGAGAAUCCGUCCUCCAGAUGAUGCAGGCUGGUCAGAGAGUGGUUGAUAAUCCCAUCUACCUCAGUGACAUGGGAGCAGCACUGACAGGAGCAGAGUCACAUGAACUGCAGGACGUCCUCGAGGAGAUCAAUAUCCCGAAGCGUCUCUACAAGGCUCUGUCUCUGCUGAAGAAGGAGUAUGAGCUGAGUAAACUGCAGCAGCGUCUGGGCAGAGAGGUGGAAGAGAAGAUCAAACAGACUCACAGGAAGUAUCUGCUACAGGAGCAGCUCAAAAUCAUCAAGAAGGAGCUGGGUCUGGAGAAAGAGGACAAAGAAGCUAUCGAGGAGAAGUUCAGAGAGAGGCUCAAAGAGAGGACCGUCCCUCAGCACAUAAUGGACGUUAUCAAUGAAGAACUCAACAAACUGGGACUGCUGGACAACCACUCCUCAGAGUUCAAUGUAACCCGUAACUACCUGGACUGGCUGACCAGCAUGCCCUGGGGUACCAACAGUGAAGAGAACUUAGCGCUGGACAGAGCAAAAGAAGUUCUAGAAGAAGACCAUUAUGGAAUGGAUGACAUUAAGAAACGCAUAUUGGAAUUCAUAGCAGUGAGCCAGCUGCGAGGCUCCACCCAGGGGAAGAUCUUGUGUUUCUAUGGUCCCCCGGGUGUAGGAAAGACCUCCAUCGCAAGGUCCAUAGCCAGAGCCCUCAACAGAGAGUACUUCAGAUUCAGCGUGGGAGGCAUGACCGACGUGGCUGAGAUUAAAGGGCACAGGAGGACCUAUGUUGGAGCAAUGCCAGGGAAGAUUAUCCAGUGCCUGAAGAAAACCAAGACAGAGAACCCCUUGGUGCUAAUAGACGAGGUGGAUAAGAUCGGUCGUGGUUACCAGGGCGAUCCGUCCUCUGCAUUGCUGGAGCUUCUGGAUCCUGAACAGAACGCCAACUUCCUUGACCAUUAUCUUGAUGUUCCCGUGGAUCUGUCAAAGGUUUUAUUUAUCUGCACGGCCAAUGUGACUGACACCAUCCCAGAGCCUCUCAGAGACAGGAUGGAGAUGAUCAACGUGUCUGGAUAUGUGGCCCAGGAGAAACUGGCUAUCGCUGAGAGGUAUCUGGUCCCUCAGCUUCGCACUCUCUGUGGCCUGACUGAGGAGAAGGCUUCAAUCUCACCUGACGCCCUCAGUCUGCUCAUCAGGCAGUACUGCAGAGAAUCUGGAGUAAGGAACCUGCAGAAACAGGUUGAAAAGGUUUUCCGUAAGGUGGCUUUCGGUAUAGUCAGCGGUGAGCAAAGCGCAGUGACUGUUACACCUGACAACCUGCAGGACUAUGUGGGCAAACCUAUUUUCACAGUGGAUCGAAUGUACAAUAUCACCCCACCGGGAGUGGUUAUGGGGCUGGCAUGGACUGCUAUGGGAGGUUCAACGCUGUUCAUCGAGACCUCACUACGCCGUCCUGCUGGAGGAGCGGACUCUAAAGGAGAGGGGUCACUGGAGGUUACAGGUCAGCUCGGCGAUGUUAUGAAGGAAAGUGCAAAGAUCGCUUCAACCUUUGCCAGAGCCUUUCUGAUGACCCAGGAACCAGAAAAUCACUUCCUGGUUAACUCCCACCUUCACCUCCAUGUUCCUGAGGGGGCGACUCCCAAGGAUGGACCAAGCGCCGGCUGCACCAUUGUAACAGCACUGUUGUCCCUGGCAACCAACCAGCCAGUGCGUCAGAACGUAGCUAUGACUGGUGAAGUGUCACUGACUGGCAAAAUACUGCCAGUAGGCGGAAUUAAAGAGAAGACUAUAGCUGCCCGCCGUGCUGGUGUGACCUGCAUGAUCUUACCAGCUGAGAACAAGAAGGACUUCUCUGACCUGCCAGACUACAUCACAGAGGGCUUGGAGGUCCACUUUGUGGAGCACUACAACCAAAUCUACCCCGUCGUCUUCACACAGAACCAGUCAUAACCAAGAUUAACUAGGACUUAUUCCCAUGGGAUUUCACAGCCCAGAACGUGUUUGUUACAACAAAACUCUGAUUGUCAUUCUGGUUGUAGUUAGUAAAACCCAGUUGUUACUUUUUGGUACUCAUUCUUGUAAAUAUGCAGUCUGAGGUCCUGCUGAACAGAAUGGUUCUACAAUAUCUGUUCUCACAUCAUCCAGUGGACCAGCUGGCCUGGAGGUCCCUAACUCUUUUAGCCACCACAGGACCCUUGAAUGUAGGGAUACGCUAAUGUGAUAGAGGACCACAUCAUACGACUGAAAGAUGAAGCCAACUGUGCCAAAGAUGGGCAUACAGUGAAGUGAUGGUGAUGAUGAACACUGCCUGUCGACACAGGAUACGAUGUCUUUGCUGCCAGGCAGCCUUGUUAUCCACAGCUCUCAUUACACAGGACUGUGGAUGGACUCUUUCUUAUAUUAU